AUGUGCAUGGCCCCGAAAGACCCUGUGGAAGUGCUCCUCAGGAAACAACCCCCUACCCCCACUAACUCCUUCUUCAUGAGAAUGAAAUUUCUCAUCGAGGAUAAGAGCGUCCAGAAUUAUGCCAAGAAAGACGAAUAUUCUGAACGACGGGUAUCCGUGGUUCGAGGCAGGGUUCUCAAUAGUCAAGGGUUGGGCAUCAUCGGAGUCAGGGUCUCUGUUGAUGGAGAUACUCGAUUUGGAUUCACUCUCAGUCGACAGGGAGGAUGGUACGACAUGCUCCUGAACGGGGGAGGAAGCAUCAGGUUCCAAUUCCAAAGGUCCUUCUUCCGCCCGGCUUCCCUGACGGUGUCGGUGCCUUGGAAUCAGAUCAUCGUCGUCCCUCCACUCACGAUGCAUUUGGACUCGGAGGAGCCACCGGGGAAGAAAGGGACAUCCAAUCAAAGUCAAAUCUCGUGCGGGGAGCACGACCUGAAUCCAGUGAUUCGGAGCGGGUGGGGGGCCAGCCGGCUAGUCGGAGGGGAAGCGGAGCGGUCCGUGGUCUGGCAGGAGUCCCGGGUCUUGCAGGAAUCCAUCCGCAUCCCUGGCACUCACCUCCAUCUACUCUAUCAGAGUCACCUGGCCGAUGGAUACCUGUCCACGCUCUGGAUGCAGCUGACUUUUGACCCCGUCCCAGAAAAGCUCACUGCUGUUCAUCUGAAGCUCACCCUCAGGGGGAAAGUGACCGAGAGGACGUUCGAGCCCGAGCCGAACAUCACGUACACUUACGUAUGGGACAAGAGAAACAUUUAUCAGCAAAAAGUAUACGGAUGGGCAACGGCGAAAGUGGCCGUUGGCUACCAAUAUUCCGAUUGCGACGGGAUCGUCUGGGUCGUGCAGGCAGCGGAACUCCAAGGAUUUCAGAUGGAGAUUUCCGAUGUGGGAGGAUGGAAUCUUCACAUUCAUCACGGUUACAACUUCCAGGACGGUUACCUGCAAAAGGGAGACGGUCGAACGAUGCUUAUGAGGGAUCUGCGGAAGAUUAUGAAGCCAGUGCUGGGGACAGGCGUUCAGCGGCCCCUGGAUUGUCGGGUCCAGAGUGGAAUUUGUUUGCAGGGACUGUUGUCUCCUUCCUCUCUCGCUGCUGGUCCUGAUGGAUCCCUCUAUGUCGGAGACUUCAAUCUCAUCAAACGGAUUCCCCCUGAAGAGGAAGAACACGCCUCUCCUACAAUCCUCCUCGCUCUCUCUGAGAGUAGGAAGACGUACGAGUAUUACAUGGCUGUGUCUCCCGUGGAUGGACACCUGUACCUCUCGGAUCCGGAGAGAUUUCGGAUCUAUCGGAUUUCGAUAGACUUAGGUCGAGGUCGUGAUCGGGGUCAAGGGGAGGAGACUCCCGUGGUUGGAUCCGGGCAACGAUGCCUCCCGGGCGACAAAUCUGGCUGUGGCGACGGAUCCUCUUCCCUCAACGCCAAGCUCACUUAUCCUAAAGGUAUAACGUUCGCGGCGGAUGGGACGAUGUACUUCGUGGAUGGGAGUUCGAUCAGGAUGGUAGAUUCCUCGGGGAAAAUCUCCACUUGGUUCUCUCAGACCAAUCAACAGAUGGAAUGCCAAGGAUCUGGAAAAAUGGGGAUGCAAUGGCCGACGAAGCUGGAGAUGAAUCCGGUGGACGAGAGUCUGUACUUCGUGGAUGAUCAGGCCGUGUUUCAGCUGAGCCCUCAACGUCGCCUCCGACUCCUCGUGGGUCAACCUCUUCACUGCCAGAGCGUUCAAGGACAUCCUUCGAAGGAGGGGACAGGAAUGAAAAACCUCGGGGUGGUGAAGACCCUGGCCAUCGAUCCCCACGGUCGGAUCCACGUCGGAGGCGUCUCUUCCGAUGGGAUCCCUUACGUGAAGCAGUUGAAACCCGGCUCGGGGGAGAUCACGAUCACGGAUUCAGCGAAGGGGAACGAAGGCACUCCGACGUUGACUGGGGUGUCAGAUCUCGUCGUUUCUCCCGAUGGAAGGCUUUGGGUUGCUGAUUCCGCUGCCUUCCACGUAUUCCUCUUAGAGACCCACAUGCCUAAGGCGGAUAAUUCCGGAAAUUUCUGGAUCCCCUAUCUCCCGUCGAGGGAGAUCUACAUCUUCGAUAAGAACGGACAUCAUAUCGCGACCAAGGACCUCGUGACGGGGAAAGAGCUCUAUUCCUUCCAAUACAAUGUGAAAUCAAGCUUCGGGAAGUUGAUCCAGGUCACGGACGCGUCGGGAAACAAGGUCUCUUUCUUCCGGGAUUACCGACUCGAGGUGAACACAAUCGAGCUCACCGACGGACGCAAAUACAACGUUGGAGUCUCCCGGUUGGGACUCAUGGAGAAACUCCUCCUGUCACCGAAUCGGGAACUGGAGUUCCGCUACGGAGAAGGAGAAUCGGGGCUCCUGGUAAGCCGGAUGGAAUCUCCAGGGGGAACCCCCCUCUUCAUCUAUGACUACGACGAGACCGGGCGGGUGGCGGCCGUGACGUCAUCCACCGGGCGAAGGACCACCUUCGCGUCCCAUUCCAGGCUGGACCUCGAGGAUCCACCCAGGGUCACUGCCUCCAUCAGUGGUCUCCACCAUACUACUACCUUUCUCCUCAACGGGGAUUCCGCCCUAGAAUAUACUGCUGGGCCAAGGAGUGGGGUGAUAACGAUGUUGGGAGAAGGUGGGAACGCUUUGGUGUCUCCCGACAUGGAGCUGUUGUACGGUGACGAGAAGGGAAAUCCCGUACUUCGGGCUCUCUUUCCCUUGGAUUCCCAAGUCUUCUCGAGUCCGACGAGUGAGUUGACUCGAUUCGGUGGGAUCUCCAAUCCCAUGACUAUGGAAUGGCACGUUCAGCUCACCCCCGAUCAAGCCAUACUCUCAGUCGAUAGGGAACUCAAGGUGAACGGAACCAAGGUCCUCACGUUGUCAUACGACCUGAAGAAUUCGGUGGAAGUGAUAUGGGACGCUUCGGGUGUCCCGAUCGGGGGAGCUCAACUGAAUGCCUCUGGUCGGGCCAUGGAGUGGAUUCCCAGGGGGAUCCCCGUCAGUGACAGAGGUAGGGGGACUUCUCGGGUUCCCUUGCUCUUCUACCACGACUCCUUGGGGAGAUUCACCGGGUGGCAAUGGGGAACUCGGGGUCGAAGAUUCAAUCGGGAUCAGGGAGGCCGCGUGAGGGAGGUAGUCGGUCCAGAUGGCAACGCCAAGCACUUUGACUACGAACCUACCGGCAAAGAGCCAGUGACGUUGACGCUAGCAAGCGGCCGUGCUUACACGUACAAGUACGAUUCAAGCGGAGGACUUGAAUCCAUUACAACCCCUCAGGGUCUGAAACACGAAUUCCUCUUGGAGUCCCUGUUCGAAUUUCACAAAUACAGAUACACUCCCCCGGGAUACAAAGCCCCGUACCUCAUCUACCUCGACGACUCCGGGAAACUCCUUCAGGUUUCCCUUCCUGGUGAUUCGGGUGGGAAGGUCCUUUAUGUCUAUGGAGAGGGAUCUGAAUUAUCGGAAGUGGUUCAUGGGGGUGGGAAGACCUCUUUCCUUUAUCAUGGGGCCGUGGUGAGAAAGAUCCAGGCGGAAGAGCGAUUUUUUCAAUGCCAGUACAUGCGACGCUUGGAAGGACCCUUGAUACGGGAGGAGAAAUUGGAUUACGAUGCCCGAAGUGGACUGGCCGAUGCAAAAUUCUUCUACGAUUACGACGAGAACUUCCGCAUCACUUCCAUCAGUGGUCGGAUCGGAGGGAAUCGAAUCCCGGCCUUCCAUUACCAAUACUCGAGCGUGACGGGCGGAGAAUCGCGGAUCGGGGAUUUCACCGUGAUCCGAGGAGAAUGGAACGAGACGACGAUCACGGACGGCGAAACGACUUUCAUCAGGACAUACGACACGUAUUCCCGAGAGAUCGGCUUCCGAAUCUCUGUCCACGGACAGACGGUCUAUCGCAGAGACACCAGUUACGACGUGAUGGAGAGGAUCUCGGAGAUCCGGGAAGAGACGACGGGCAUGACGAGGACGAGUAUGACGAGGACGUUUGCGUACGACGCGGACGGCCAGGUGAUCAAGGCGGAUGCCCAGGAACCGUGGAGUUUCUCGUACGAUUCGGACGGGAACCUGGUGUCUCUAUCUCUUCGAGACACGGACGUGGAAAUGAAGAACGAGCAAGGGAGACUAGUUGCCUUCGGACAGGGACGAUACAAAUACGAUUCCAGGGGAUUCGUGGUGGAGAAUGCGGCCGGGGACGGGUUCGUCUACGACGGACGGGGUUGCCUCGUCCGGGCACUCAAACAGGGGCGAUUCCACGUGCACUACGAAUAUGAUCACUUCCUGAGACUCGUGAUGAGGAAAGAUAGUUACGGGAACGUGACGCAGUUUUUUUACGCCGAUCCGAGUCCCAGUCGUCGGAAUCGAGUCACGCACGUAUUCUCGACCCGAGAGAAUCGAGUGACCUCGUUGACCUACGAUCCGGAAGGCAAAGUCAUCAUGAUGGAGGAUGGAGUGAAGAGACUGUAUGUGGCAACAGAUGCGUGUGGCACUCCCGUGAAGAUGUGGAAUUCCCGUGGGGAAGUGGUGAGGGAAAUCAUCCGGGGUCCCUACGGGAAAAUCAUGUGGGAUUCCAAUCCCCAUCUCUACAUCCCAGUGGAUUUCUGCGGUGGAAUCCUGGAAACCCUGACAGAGUCCGUUCACAUGAGUCAGGGACGAGUCUAUGAUCCUGUCGUGGGGCAAUGGAUGACCCCCAAUUUCCGCGAUAUCCCUCGACGGAUCCCCCAUCCCAGGUUCCUUCACCUCUAUCGAUUCAACGGCAACGAUCCCGUCAACUAUGGAAGAGACACUGAUUUACCUCAUGAUCAUUUGUCUUGGAUGACUCGACUGGGCUACGAUGUCCCCCGAAUCAUCCCCCAACUUUCCCUCUCCCCCCCAACCCCAGAUCCUUCCCGAAUCCUAAUCAGCCAUCUACCCCCGCAUACAUUCCCAGCUUUGAAUUUCCUUCGCCUCCCCACCGUUGGAAUCACUUGGGGACUUCAAGCAAAAUUCCAAGAAAACUUGUUGAAGCCUGAAGACUUGCCAGCCUUUCCCCGCUCCGUUAUCUCUCCUUCUUCGAACCCUUCUCCCGUCUCCGAAUGGGAGUUGAGGGUGAGUCGCUCACCUUCACCCUUGGGUGAAGGGAUCACGUUAUCACGAGAAGGAUCACGGUGCAUAGUGAGGAGCGUGGGAGGAGCGAACGAGAUCUAUCGAGACGUCUUCACGUCGCUGCUCAAUCGAAGUCAUUUCUUGGACGUGCAUUUCGUGGAAGAAGGGGCAGAGGUGUUUUAUUUCGUGAAACGCGACCCGGGAGACAUAGAAGAAGACCGGAAGCAGUUGAGACGACUGAGUUCAGUGACGGUGAACGCGAGCGUCACGAAUCCCCGUGACUCUGGAUCCGCGGAGGGGAUCCGUGAACUGAGCGCGAAAUCUCGGGGAGUGGUGUUUAGAAUCCGAUACGGGGAGGACCCAGAUCACUUUCGGCACAAGAUCCUCAAGGGUCACAAGCGCCACCUGUCAAAGUCGAGCUGGGAGGAAGAGAAGCGGCUCUUGAGCCUUGGAAUCCCGGCCGGCUGGGGCUCUCCUGGGCCCGGAUGGACGGACGAGGACGUCCAGGAGAUCCUACGUCUCGGAUUCGCCUCCGACUACGACUUCGGGUACAGAUGGGGCCCCGUUCAGUACCCUCAGUUAGCUGAUGACUCCUUCAAUGUCCAAUUUCAACGGCGACGUGGACGGCGAGAGUGAAUCAGUCUCUCCUGUGAUGUGACUCAGACUCGCGAGACAGAAGAAAGAGUAUGACAGAGAUGAAGGAUGAUGUUAAUGACCGAUCUCCGUUCUGUGAUGAUGACCCCCACGAUCACGAUGACCCUGCUGCCCCAGACGGUCAUGCUAAAGUCAAGAAUAUCUGUGAUAAUAUCUUACAAUUAAAUAUUAUCUAGAGAAAGUGCUAAUGACGAUUGUCUUGAAAAAAAAAUUGUAUUCCUUUUUUUUAUUGAUUUGUGAUUCUCUCUCUAUAUAUAUUGGAGUUUUUGCCUUCCCCGGCUGACCUGGAACGAGUUCAAGCCAGGGUUUUCAUUCCUGCCCUUCAUUCAUUCAAUCUCUCGACUUUACCUCAUUCUCAACCUCAAUCCCCCCCCCCCCCCUUCCAUUGGACAGUGUCUUCUGCACAAGGUUGCAUGGAAUAAUAACGAAGUUUUCUACUUAUGAUCCAUCG